UCAGGUGUACGGGACGGGGCGAUAGGCUUAUCAGGUGUCGGCGUUAUCUCCGCUUCGGAUUUUGAUAACGCCGGAGAAGCGCCGCGGCGGUGUGAGGUAGCAGUUGAGCAGGUGAUCCCUGAUAUGUUCGCAGGCUACGAGCAGCAGGAACCCUACAACCCGGGCUACCAGGAUCAGUCCUGGCUUUUCUUCCCCCCGGAUUAUCCUUACGCCACCGCCGAGGAUGACUUCAGAUUGUUGGAUAGUAUGAAAGUAGGGACCGGAGGUCAAGCACGCUCCUCUGGAUUCCAUAUUAGUGAUAUUUUAGAUUUAAACGAUGGCAAAGUGCAUCAUUCAGACCCCGCCAUACCAAAUGGGUCGGAAUUGGCGGGGAGUUUGCUCUUCCCUGGGAGUCUUUCAACGACGACAGAUGCGCAGACGGCGCUGCAACAUCAUUGGGCAUCGACACUCACAGAACUUAGAGCGUUCGGGCCGCACCCGCAGCAGCAAGCCUCGCCGGACUCGACGUCACCAGGGGUGGCCGACCUGACGGACUCGGGGAGCACGCCGGGCCUCCUGAACGCGGACUCCUCGUCGGUGGGGAUGAGCGGGCUCAAGGCCGAGACGGAGACGGAACUCGAGGAUGAUGGCGAGGACGACGCCGACGACGAGGCCCUCAACCAGCAGUCCAACGGCUCCUCGGCCUCCGCCCAGGGCGCCGGCGCCGGCCACAAGAAGCGCAAGCGCCGCGUCCUCUUCUCCAAGGCCCAGACCUACGAGUUGGAGCGCCGCUUCCGCCAGCAGCGCUACCUGUCGGCCCCCGAGCGGGAACACCUCGCGUCCAUCAUCCGGCUCACGCCCACGCAAGUCAAGAUCUGGUUCCAGAACCACAGGUACAAGACGAAGCGGGCUCAGCAAGAAAAAGGCCUCCACGUGGAACACCAUUCGGCAGGGAGCGUGCCCGCACCAAGACGAGUCACCGUCCCGGUUCUGGUUCGAGACGGCAAACCGUGCACGAAUUCGGGGAGCAAGACCGACCAACUGGUUCUCCCGUCCUACACGCACCCUCUCAUGCACCCCCAGGUCCCCCGAACCUGGUGGUAGGCCAACCGAACAAUUCCGUCGGGUCAACCGAACGUUCUGCUGCCGACUGUCCAUAACACUGUAUCAGCUCCUCCAACGUAAGGGCGUAUCUCGAUUUCCGCAUGAGCCCCAGAAAGCAUGGAUUUAUAUGUAAAACAGGGCUCACGUGGCAAU